GGUAACUUGCUGACGCAUUAUAGAAGCGACGUGGAAGAGUAAUAUUUUGAUGGUAUGAACAGUGAGCUAAUUGUGCCUGAUACUUUUUUUGUUCUUGGGAUACGUCGGUUUUUUUAUGUAACGUAAAUUAUUAUUGUGUUUUGUAGGAAUUGGAUUCGGACGUCAAUAUACAGUCAAGAUGAUGGAAGAUUUCUCUGGCCUUGACCUUCCCCCUCUGUUUGGGGGCCACAUUCUGGAAGCAGAACUGGAACCUGGGGGAGUGGAGCUUGGACCAGGGGAGGUUGAGCUCGGGCCGAGUGGAAGUGAGCUUCUCCACGGUGCGGAGCCCGGGUCAGGGCCUGGACACGAGGAAGAUGAAGAGGAGGAGGAGGAAGAGGAGGAAGAGGAAAGGAGGGAGCGAGAGAAAAGGAAGUACUUGGCAUUAAGCAAGCGUUGCAAGGAGAUUGAACAAGUGAAUGAAAAGAUACUCGGGCGCCUUCAUCAGGUCCACAGACUGACACGACGUUUGAAGAAGGAAAGACGGUUUUUGAUGAAAACUCUCAAUUCUUACGGAGAUGAUUAUAGAAGUGCCUAUCUCACUAUACUCCUUGAGGAUGAGGGUGGGGGUCAUCUGGAAUCUCUGCCUGGGGCAGAAGACAACAGGCCAAAUGGGUUUGCUGGCUCUUCGCCUUCCGUUCCCCUACAGUCUGCUGUCGGACCCAAGAAGAAAAGACAUCGUGUCCCCAAGGAAAAGGAGCGCGAAGCACCGUCAGAAGCAGACCUCUCCAUGCUGACUGACCCACAGUUCCGGGGAUUCCCGAGUCCAACAGCACUCUCUCAUUUACCAAACACACACAGUGCCACCUCCUUAUAGGACUCUCACAGUACGGCAUCAGUUUAAAUAAAACUUUCAGUGUAUAUGUUAAUGCUCCCUUUUGCUAGUUUUAUUAGUGAAUUGUAGAUUUGAUUGGUAUGGUGUGCUUUGCUGGAAAAAUAAAGCACAUAAUAAAAAUAACAGUAUAGUUUUAUAACAUUAUUUUGUAUUUUAGUUAAUGCAAAAUAAAAUUAAAGUAUUAUUUAUAUUAACUGCAAUGCUUUGUCUAAAUGCUUAAGUCGUUUUGCGUUUUGUAAUAAAAAAUGGAGACCAGUUAUUGUGAGACGUGGCUCUUAAAAUAUAUCCUGUAAAUUAUAUUAGUGUAGAUCACAAUGAAGUCAGAAAAUGGACAAAUGGGUUAUGGAUAUAAGUUCAAGCUUAAAAGUAUAGGAGGUAAAAUAGUUGUAGUAUUUUGUUGUGCAUGUCUGCUUGGGGGAAUUUGAGGAAAUGCUGUUGUGACCAAGAUAAUUUUCCAGAAAAUUCCGAGAAGCACAAUUGCAGCUGUAUCAUUCACCAACGUAACCAUAAUGUAUUAGUAAGGAUUAUGCUUCGUAAAGGAAUCGGGAAUAAAGCAGGGGCCGUCCUCAAAAACCCCCAUCCACCAAGACACUCAGUGUUCAGCGGGAAGGGGGUCUAACCUCACACCAGGGGCAUUGCAUAGAGGAGGAAAGUCCAGGAUGAUUUGAGUCCUAAAAAAUGUGGAACAUAGCUGGAUUGGUCUGGGUUGGGGGCCCACUAUGACGUACUUUCAUGGGGCCCAAAAUCUCCAGUGCCCCUCUGACACCAAAGAAAAGAGUCUCUUAUCGAGUGCAGGAGGUUUUUACAACAGCUUCUUCCCAGCAUCCCCAGGAUGGUUACUAAGACCAAUCAGAAGCCCCCAGUCCCACCCAAUGUCAUCGACAAACUGGUCUCAUACACUUAAACUCCACCCCCCCGACACUGAAGGCACUGUGUUUGUCCAUCACUAAAGCUCCUUCUUUAUAUUUCUGUGUAUUUAUUUAAUUUUACAGUAAAAACCUGAAUUAUUGUUCUAAUUCUCAGAGUCUGUUAUGUUGUUUGUAAACUUUGAAAGAAGAAACCGUGCAAGAAUCCAAAUGUGUUUUUCUGUACCUGUGUAAACGACAAAUAAAGUUUCAAUUUAAUUCAGUGUAA